CUGUUGACAAACGUGACCAUUGAAUAUCCCUGUCCCGUUUCAAUUUAGUCGCCAAGAGGAAUAAACAUGUAAUUUCGCAGGAUUUAGUCGGCGUAACGAUGUUUGAAGUGGAUUCUUCAUGACGUUGUGAACCCGGUUAGAAAGAAACUAUGCUGAAGUGGUUUUCUGGUGAAGAGGGAGAGCCUGGGUCUAGAGGCUCAGGCUCUCCACCCAGCCAUGCUGGUGGCGGAGAGGUUGCUGUGGAAGAAAUGGCAGAGAGGCUAACCCAAACUGAGCAGCUUGUCACUCAGCUGAAGGAGAUGAUCCGUGAAAAGGAUGCAGCACUUCGCUCUAAAGAUGACCAGCUGAAGGCUGAGAAGGAGGCAUGUGAAGCCAAGCUGUCGAAGCUGCGUCUCCAGAACAAGGCCAAGGUGACCUCUUUGACAACACAGCUAGAGGAGCUGAAGAAACAGCAGGGGGGGCCGAGCACGCCAACACACAGCAAGAAGGGUUCAUCAGAAGGAGGAGAACAGGCCAGUCGGGGGAAGAUUGUCCUGUUAAAGAAGAAGGUUGACGAACUGGAGCAGCAACUUGCACAAAGAGAUCUGGAACUGGAGAACAAAAAGAAGGAAUUGGAGUCUCAGCGGCAGCGCGGUGAGGAAAUGGAUGCCAUGCUGACAGAGAAGGACAGGAAGCUGGCAGAAAAAGAGGCCUACAUUGUCCACCUGCAGACAGCUUUGGCUGGAGAGCAGCCCAUCACACCACCACAAAAGGUUGAGGACAGUGGGGCGAUGCAGGAGCUGCAGUUGCUUGUACAGAGCCUGACUAAGAAGGUGGGGGAAGCAGAGGAACGCUACAGUUUGCUGCAGGAGCAGACAGGCAGCCUCAAAGAGCUGCUGGCCACAGAGAAGGAGCAGUACAGCCAGAAGGAGAGCAUGUACAAGCAGAAUAUCCAGACAUUCAAAGACAUCAUAAUUCAGAAAGACAGCCAGCUGAUGGAAAUCAACCAGAUGCAUGAACAGGAGCUCUUCAAGCUAGCAGCAAAGUCAGAUGCCAGUGCAGACUUGGAGCAGCUUUUGAAGGCUCUGAAACAGAAGCUUCACGAGAAGGAGGAGGUACUGCUGGGUAAAACCCAGGUCAUUGAUGUUCUCCAGGGAGAGGUGGAUGGAAGAGAUCAACAGAUAAAGGAACUCUCAGAGCGACUGCACCGUUUACAAGUUGAGCGAGAGAGCCUUGAAUCCAGGAUGGAGGCAGAGAAACAUGUGAUGCGAGCACAACUUCGUGACCUGAUGGACAAGCAGCAGGCAGAGGUGCAGCGAAUGACUGAGCAGCAUCAAGCACAGAUGGACCAAACCCAGCAGGAUCUCAUGAGGCAGCUGGAGGACCUGAGGAAAGCCCAGGUAGCACCUGCCAGUCAGGAGGUAUCAAGAAGUGGAAAUGUGCCCACUGAUUCAGCCUCCAUCCAGAGGAUAGCUGAGCUGGAAGCUCAAGCAAAGCAGAAAACAGAUGAAGCCAGCAGAUCAGAGGCCAAGUUCCUAAAAAUGAAAGCUUGGUCUAAAUCUCGAAUCAGACAGCUGGAGGAGGAACUGAAGAAAAGCCAGGCUGGAGUUGCUCCCCCAGACCUGACUGCCCUGCGGAGUCGCAUCACUACACUUGAGGAGGAGCGAGAAGAAAAUCUCUGGAAGGUUGAACAAUACGAGGAGCUUAAAGCAAAGAACGAAAUGCUCGAGGCAAAGUUAGUGGUGUAUGAAGAGCAACAGAGGACACUACAGGCAGACUUGGAGCAGUUUACCAAGAGGGCUGCCUCUCAGGCAAGUGAAUCAGGCAGCGUUGAUGACACCCAGAGCCAGGUGCUGGAGUGGCAGGAGAUGGUAGCUGAGGCGGUCAGUGCCAGGGACCGGGCCAGGGAGGAGAAGGCUGCUUUGUCCCUCCGUAUCAGCCACAUGGAGGAGGAAAGAGAGGCACUGGUCACUCGGCAGCAGGAGUUGGAGGAGGAGCUGGUUCAAGCUCGGGGGCUCAGCCACCACAGGGCCAAGAAGCUGGCAGCUACAACCCAGCGAAGCCUGCAGGAGGACUUUGAGCUUGAUGGGCAGGACCCACGAAGUGUCUCAGAGAGUACGACACCAAUGGAGGGGGAGAACAUGGGAGAUGGCCUGCGGUCUGUUGUGGAGGAGCUGGAGCUGGAAAGAAACCAACUACAGGAGCAGAUACUGAUCCUGGAGGAGCGCUGCCAAGACCUGGAGGAUCGACUGCAGCUGCAGGCUCGUAUAGAGGCAUUACAGGUGACGUUUGAUGUAGAUGAAGAUGAGCAGCCAAAUUGGGUCUCUCAGAACGAGUCAGAGAAACUGCAGAGCCAACUGGCCACUGUCAGAAGUCAACAAAGCAGAGAGGCAGAGAAGCAUCAGCUGCUGGUUAAUAGCCUCAAUGAACAGCUCAAAGGACUGACUGACACACAGGAGUGCCUGGAAAGCUCCCUCAUUGAGAAGGAGAAUACUUUGGCCAAGACAUCUGAGAAACUUGAGCUCAUCAACAGCCUUCGAGAAUCACUGAGUGAAAAAGACAUUCAGUGCAAAGAGCUGUCUGACAAGCUCCUUCAGACUGAGCACACUCUUGAGAACAUUUCCAUGAAAUGCACCACUUCAGAGAAGCAGUGCUCUGAGUUGAAAACAGAAGUUAUGGACCUCACACAAAAGCUGAGUGUGCUGAAAGAGAAGGCACAAAAACAAGAAAUCACCAUAGAAACAAUGCAAACUGAUCUCGAUCAGACAAACGAGGAGCUGGACAAACUAAACAGCUCCCAUUUGGAAGAACGAGCCCAGCUCAUUCAUGACCUUCAAAGCUGCGAGCGAGAAAUUGAUAUCCUUAAAGAUGCUCUGGUGGAAAAGGAUAAGGAGAUAUCAACCCUUGUUGGGAACAUGGCUGAGGAUGCAGAGCAGGUCACAGCACUGAAGCAGGAGAUCAAACUCAAAGACGAGAGCCUGGUUCAAGUAGAAAAUGCACUGCGUAAGGCAGAGAGGGAGGCCGAUAUAAUGAAAGAGUCACAGAAUUCAGACCAGCAGGCCCUCAAUAGUAAAAUCACAGAGCUGGUGGAGAAAAUUAAGGAAGCAGAGAUGGAGCUGGUCAAGGUCAGAGAUGAAAGAGAGUCUAAAGUGUUAGAGGUGGAACAUUUAAUUAAGCAGGCUGAAAAGGAUAAGUCGUCUAUUCGGGACCUUCGAGCGGAGAUCCAGAAGCAGACUGUGAGCCAUCAUAAUCAUCUUUCUGAAUGUGAAACAUGCAUCACUUCACUGAAGGAACAGCUGGCGAUAUCUGCACAGAAAUUACAGGAAUCAGAAGGACUUGUUUUGCAGCUUAAGGACAGAAAUACCAUUAAUGACAAACUACAACAAGAGCUUAACGAGAAAGAGCAGACAUAUGAAAAAGAACUCAAGUCUUUCAAGGAAGAACAAAAUAAGCUUUUAGCACAGGUGGAGAAAUAUAGGAGUGAUGUUCGUACCUUGUCAAAGCAAUUAGAGGAGCAAGUUCAGAGUGAGCAGAGCAUCAAACAAACGAUGCAAGAGAAAAUGGAAAUGAUAGCAUCACUCGAAAACCAACUAAAACAGGUCAAGGAUGAGGGGCAGAAAUUCAACACUGAACUGCAACUGCGGGAUUCAGAAAAUGAGAAACUGUGCACCGAACUUCAAAGCAAAUCUGAAAAUAUCUCCACGCUUGAGUGUGUCUUAAAAAGUGCAACGACUGAAAAAGAACAGCUCCAAGAAAAUCUUAAGGGGCUGAAUGAGGAGCUUGAACUUGAACGUAAUAAUGUGAAAGAGCUAAAUGAAAAGGUUACAUCUGCUCUGGAAUUCAAAGGCAGUCUGGAGACUCAAGUGCACUUCCUUACAAAAGAGAGAGAGAGACUUGAAGUGGAAGUGACCGAGCGUGCAAAAAAUAUUUCACAGGUUACAGCUGAGAUGGAUUCCUUGCAAGCCAAAAUAUCUGUGCUGGAAACGCAACAUUCACAAAAUACCACAAUUAUUCAAGUGCUGCAGAAAGCUAAAGAGGAACUAACUGUUCGAACUGUUGAGCUAAACAGAGUUCUUGAGCAAAGCACACAUUCAAACUCGGAGAUCUUGUUGGCAAAAACAAAUGAAUGCAGUGAUCUCCAGCAGCUGCUUAGGGAGAAGGAGGAGACAGUGACCCAGCUGCAGGAACAAGUGCAAACCUUGAUGUCUAAGGUAGACAAAAUGCACCAUGACAUGGUAGAAAAAGAGCAGAAUCUCACUGAACUUCAAGCACGAAUAGAGGCCCAACAAAAUGAGUAUGCACAGCUUCAGGAAACUCUGUCUUUACUUCAAGAACAACAAAACAGCCUGAAGUCCGGGCUGUUGGAGAAGGAUGCAAUGUUUAAACAAAAGCAGGAGCAGUUCCAGAGUUUGCAGAAUGAAAUUGAAAACCAGAAAAAUAUUGUAUCCAGGCUGCAAGCUGAGGCGAAAUCACUUAACGAGGAACGAACACAGCUCAGGCAGCAACUUGAAGAGAGAGAAGAAAUGUUGGAAAAUACAGCGCAGCAGUGCCAAAAGCACAAAGAUGAACUGAAUAACACAAACACAACUAUCAAGUCUCUGAGUGACCAAAUCAGUGUCAUGGAGGAAAAUGCCAGAAAGCUUGAGUGUGAAGCUGAGCGGCGUCAAACAGAGCUGGCUAGCUUAAACAGCCAAGUCCAAGCUUUCACCGAGGACAACCGCCAACUUCAUGCUGCUUGUGAAUCUAAAGAAAAGGAGCUUACUCAGCAAACACAGCUUCUCUCUGACCUUGAUGGACAGCUUAAGACAGCUGUUGAACAGAACUCCAGUUUUAACGUGAAGAUUAGCAGUCUGAUAGAAGAUAAUCGAAGACUAAAGGAAGAGUUAGCACAGAAGAUGAAAUCAGUUGCAGAGCUUAGUGCUGAGAGAGAUGUACUCCAAGAAAAAACUUGUGGCCUUGAAAUUCAAAUCUCAGAUGGUCAAAAAAUAAUUGCUGGACUGUUGAAGGAGAAGGAGGAACUCGCUUUUGCCACAGAUGAAUUAAAAAAGAUCCUCAAGGAAAGCGAACAGGCAAACUCUGUAGGUCUACUCGAGAAAACAAGUGAAUGUGCUAAUUUAUUGAAAGCACUGAGGGAGAGGGAUGAACAGUUUCAGGGUUUACAAGAGCAGGUUGAUGGCUUAAAAAUGCAAGUUAGUCAACUGAGCACAUCCUUGGUUGAAAAAGAACAAACAGUGUCAGAACAGAAUUCACACAUCAAGACUCAACAGAACCAGCUGCUGCAACUUCAGGAUACCAUAUCCAUGCUUCAGGAGCAGGGAUCAGUUUUAAAGUCGGGGUUAAUGGAGAAAGAUGCCAUGUUGCAACAGAAAGCAGAGGAAUGUAGUGUGCAUCAGAAAGAAGUCAUGCUACAGAAAGAGCUCGCAUCACAGAUGCAGGCUGAAGUAGUGUCCCUCAGGAAAGAGUGCUUGGAGGCCAAACAGCAGCUAGAGCAAAAAGAACAAGCAUUGAAGGAAGUAACACACGAGUUCCAAAACCAUAAAGAUGAGCUGAAUAAACGAAAUGAAUCUGUCAUUUCGCUCAGCAGUCAGCUUGGGGCCAUGAAUGAGAGUGCUGCUCAGAUGGAGGUUGAAAUUACUAACCUGAAGGCAUCUGUGCAGAAACUCACUACAGAAAAUUGUCAGCUGAUCCAGGAGGAUGGCCAGAGGAAGGCAGAGAUAACUGAUUUUAAAGACAACAUUCAAGCCUUCAGUGAGCAGAAUGCUAGAUUGAAAUCUGAGCUUCAGAAGACCGUGGCAGAGCUGUCCAAAGCACAUGAAGAAGUUGCAAAUCUCAAGACAGCAGUCUUCGAUAAAGACAACAAAGUCAAAACAGCACAUUCAGAGAAGGAGAUUCUCAACUUGGCCAUCCAAGGAAAAGAUGACACCUUAAAACAGCAGGAGAAUUUGAUCCAGCAGCUUAGCGGUAAGAUUGCUGAGCAGGAGGAGCAAAUAAAAGAGAAAGAAGGCAAAGUUUUGGAGCUUAAAGAUUCUGUGUGUACACUCAGAGGCCAAGUUGACAGUCUUACUUCAGAGUCUUCCAUACUGAAGAAUACUUUGGAAAAAAAGGAACAGUCAAGUCUUGAAUAUCAAAGUACUUCUUUUGCUGCCUUUGAAAAUCUGACUUCACAUCUACAAGCCAAAGAGGCAGAAUGUGAGAGCUUGAAAGAAAAGAUAUCACACCUUGAGGAAGCUAUCUCAAAGCUUAACAACAACCUGCAUGUACAGAUGUCUGAAGUGGCAAAGCUCAAAAUGACCUCGGAAGAAAAAGAAGCUGCUCUUUUGGAGCAGUCGAAAGCUCUCCAGAAUUUUCAGCAAAGAGCAGAUGAAGCGUUGCACUUCAAAACUCAGUUCAUGGAAAGUACAGACUUGGCAUCCCAGCUACAAAGUCAAAUUCAAUUACUGUCAACUGAGUCUGAAAGUAGAAAGGCAGCAGAAGAAACCCAAAGUGCCUUCAAUAAUCUGCAAGAGAAAUAUGCUGCUAACCUAGAAGAAUUACAAGACUUGAGGAAGACACUGUUUCAGAAGGCAGAUGAGGUGUCUAACCUUCAGACGUUAUUGGAUGAUUCUAAUAAUGAAUAUCAGACUGCAAAGACCACCAUAGAAACACUGAGAAAUGAGUUAUCUGGAGUGCAGGAUAAAUUGGAGAAAGCCAAAGACUUGAACUCCAGUCUUUCAAAAGAAAAGGACGAUGCAUUGACUUGUCAUCAAACAAAUGUGUCAUUGCUGACUGUUGAAAUAGAAAGACUCAAAUCACAACAUCUUCAGGUCGUGGCACAGAUGAACGCACUGACAGAAAACCUUGAACAGAGAGAAAUGGCUCUCCAUGCAAUCAAUAGUCAGUACAUUGCCCAGUCCAAAGAUGCAUCUCAGCUGGUUUCAGAAAUGCAGAAACUAGAAGAGCAAAAUAAGAGACUGAAUGAGGAGAUCAUUUUAUCAAAGGAAGAGCAUCAUAAGCUUCACGCAGCUCUCAGUAAUGAAAACACACAUUUGAAAGAAGAAUUUAGGAAACUUUUUGCAGAGAAGGAAGAGCUUGAAGAACGACAUCAACUAACACUGGCAUCGCAAAGGGAGCUGCAGGUUCAAAUGGAGCAGAAGUCCAGCAGCAUGAAUGAGCUCGUGGAGAGAAUGACAUCUGAGAAGCAGAACCUUCAAGCAGAGGAGAAACUAGCAGAGGCUUCAGCUGCCAUUAGGGAGGGCUCUGAUCAACUGAGUGCAAAAGAGUUGGAGGCGUCAGCAUCCAGAAUUCAGCUCGAGAAUGUGUUAACAUCUAUCCAGGAAAAGGAGAAUGAGAACCAUAUUUUGCAGCAGGCUCUGAAAGCUGCAGAAGAUGAGUUACAAAAACCUGUGAGAAAAACUGACAAAGUUUCCUCUGUGUUGAAAUCUUCCCUCUCCAAGAGAUCUUCUGCUUCUUUGCAGGACAUGAUAAAACAUCUACAAGAAGAUCAUCAAAAUGAGAUGGAUGCUUUGGAAAAAAAGUUGACUGAAACAGUUGCAGAAUUGGAAAGAACACAGAAUUUACUUAAGGAGAGAGAGGAGAAUAAUGGCGAGAAGGGUCAACAAAUAGCUCUUUUGCAAGAGACUGUGGAGCAUUUACGAACUCAGCUUAAUACUGAAAUAGUGAUAGUGAAAGAAGCUACUGUUAAACACUCUUCUUUAUCUAAUGAAUUGCAAACAAAAGAUGAACAAAUCAGCUGCAUGACCAUUCAGAUCAGUCAGCAGAAGGAAUUACUUGCUGGGCUUACUCAGCAGAUAAAGGAAAAAGAUGCGUCCAUUGCUCAGGUCAUGGAGUCUGCCUCAAAUGAGAGAAUGAAACUUGGUGAGGAAAAUAGCUUGCUAUUAUCACAAUUAAAGAGCACCGAACAAGCAUAUGAAGAGAUUUCUCAACAAUUAGAGAAACAUAUUUCACACAGUUCAAGUGAAACUGAGAAAAAUAAUUUAGAGAAACUCAUACUAAUGAAGGAAAAGGAUGAGCUACAGAGUGAGCUCACAAAGGUAUCGAAAGAAAAAGAUGCAGUGAAGAAGAAGCUACAAGCUGCUCUUAUUGUGAGGAAAGAUCUGUUGAGGAGGAUUGAAGAAUACGAAAACCAAAAAGAAGCGAGUGUAAGCAGUAAAACUGAAGUUUCGCUGUUGCAAAAUCAAUUGGAUGAAGCCACAAAUCAAGCUCAAGCUGCAGCAGAAUUGUAUAAAGAAAAUGUUUCCCUACUUGAAAAGAAAAUUCUUGAGAAGGAGGAAGAAUUUCUUGAGCACAAAACUGAAAAUGAAAGAUUUGUGGGACAGUUGGAGUCAAUGCAAACUGCAUUAAAUGGUAAAGAAGCUCAUUUGUCAAAGGUUUUACAGAAGCUCAGUGAGAAAGACUCGCUAGUCAAGCAGCUGGAGUCCAGUGCUGCUGAGAAGGAAGAAGUAUUUGAGCAGGAUCGGAACAGUUUGUUGCAGAAAUUAGAAGAGCUUCAAAAUGAAAUCAAGACAUGUAAAAAUGAGUUAAAGGACAAAUCUGCUGCUGCGGCUAGUGCUGUUGACUUAGAAAACGAGCUUGCACGGGUCAAGUCAGAAAAGGCGACACUACAGAAGAAGGCCCAGGCUGCCUUGCUGGCACGCAAAGAAUCAAUGAAGAAAGCUCAAGAGAAUGAAAAGAAAUUAACUCAAGAGCUAGCUGAACUGAAAGACGACUAUAAGGCCCUCUUGGAACAACACUGCCAGCAGACAAAUGAGUUAAAUGCAGUGCAGUUAAGCUUGGAUGAGAAGACCAGGGAAAUGGAGGACCUCCACAAAACCUCCGUUUGUUAUCUGGAUGAAUUGGAAACUUUGAGACAGCUGGUUGAGGAGAGGGAUAAAACUCUUCAAGAUUUAAAGAUGUCUUUGGCUGAGAAAGAGAGCCAGUGCCAUUCUCUCUCAAGCCUGCAAACAGAGCUGGAAGCUACUAAAUCCAGAGCUGAGAAUAUUUCUCUUGAGAUGGCCAGUAAAGAUGAGACUCUCAUAGUCAUGGAACAAAAAGCAGCUGUUCUGAAAACGAGACUGCAAAUUGUAGAGAAUGAAUUAAGAGAGAAAACUGAAGAGGCUGACAAAUAUCGGGAUGCAGUUAAAGAUGCUGAGGCUAAGACCCAACAGGAUCGGUCUUUAUUUGAUAAAAACAAAGCUUUAGAGACCCAAUUAAACGUCCUUAAAUCUGGUCUGGAGGAACAUAUGUAUGCAGAUGAAAAGAAGUAUCAAAUUCUAAUGAAAGAAAAGGAGGCUGUUUUGGAGCAAAGUAAUCAGAUGAAAGCAGAACUUGAAACAUUGGCUGCUUCAGUUUUGCAGAAAUCCUUAGAAGUUUCAACCAUCCAGAAGACACAAGCACAGACAGAGCAGCAGCUCACAGAGGAGAAACAUGCUUUUGCUAAGGAGCUUGAAAAUGUACAGCUACAAUGCACCGAAACACAAAGGAAUUUGGAUUCAUUGAAACAGGAAAAAGAAAGUUUUGUUCAAUUAAUCAGUGAACUGAGGGAUGAGGUGACCACCCUGAGGAAGCAACUAAAUGAGUCAGAGGAGGUAAAUGAGCAGCUGCUAGAGAAGAAGCAUGAAAUAUGCAUUGAACAAGAGCUUCAUAACAAGGAAGGGGCCUCUGUUUCUUGCAAAUGUGCAGAAAUCUUUGACGCAAAACUAAAAGAGAGAGAUGAUGCCUUGGUAGUUUCUCAGACUCGAGUUUCAGAAAAGGACGAACUAAUUGCUGCCCUUGAACUUCAGCUACAACAGCAAAUUAAAAUGCAUGAAAUUGCUGUUGAAAAGAUGAGAAGAGAUAAUGGUGAGCUUCAGAAAUCUCAUGAUGAGGCCAGGGUGAUCGAUCAGGAUAACCAAAGUAAAAUUGCCCUUCUAACCAGGAAACUUCAAGCAGCUUUGGUUUCUAGGAAAGAACUCAUGAAGGAAAAUACAGCACUCAGAGAAGAAGCAGAGAAUCUGUCAGCCAAACACGAAGCAAAGGAAGCAGAGUAUUUUGCACUGCAGUCAUCUUUGUUGAUGUUAAAGCAACAAAAUUUAGACCUGGAAGGUUCUGUGUCAUCUGUCUCCAAAGAGAAAGUCAAACUCAGCACUGAAGUUGAUAGCAUCCUUAAUGAGAAUCGCAGCUUAUCUGCAGCCUGCGAAAGUUUGAAACUAACCAUAGAAAACAUCACUCAGCAGAAACAAGCUUUCUCAUGCCAGCUUGAAUCUCUUAAAGACUCUCAAACAGAGGAGCUGUCUAAGUGGAAAUCGAAGCACGCGGAGCUCAAACAAGAGUAUGAGUCUCUUUUGGAAGCAUAUGAAAAUGUCAGCAGUGAAAUGGAUAAAAUGAGACAGCUUUUGGAGGGGGCCAAAAGAGACAGGCAGGAAGCCCUCCGAAAGGUACACAAACAUGAAAGUGAGUUGGAGAUUUUGGGGAAGCAAGCCCAAGAGCUGGAGGAAGAAAAUGAAAGAAUGAAACAGAGGAUUCAAGUUUCCAAAGAGAAAUGGAUGAGAAUUGAGGCACUGGAGGAAGAGAAUGAGAAAAUCAGAAAAGAGCUGAUGGGGCUUGAUAGAAACCACAAAAUGGCAAUGUGUGAUCUAAGUGAUAAAAACCAACAAUUAGAGGCACAAAGUGGGCAGUUUAAGGAGUCGUUAGAGGCUCUCCGAGUGAAACUUACUGAGAGGGAAGCAGAAAAUCUCCAGUUAGCAGAAAGGCUAGAAGAAGCUACGUGUUUACUAGAAAAAAAGAACUUGGAGUCAAAUACAUACACAAACAACAUGCAGGUUAAACUUGAUGAAGCACUCAGUUUGAAUAGUUCACUAACUGCCCAGAUUGAAGCUCAGAAAACCGAACUUGGUGCUCAAAUGGAAAUCAACAACUUGGUACAGAAGGAGAAGCAGACUCUUUCAGAGAGAAUUGAGAAACUACAGAAUGACUAUGAAUUGCAGUUAGGGAUGAGAGAUGAUGCAGUUAAAGAACUCAAAGACAUUAUCACCAGGCACAGCCAAGAGACUAUUAGCCUGAAUGAGAAGGUUCGAAUCUUGGAGGAUGACAAGUCUCUUCUGCAAGAAGAGCUUGAAAGUGUUCAAGAAAUCUCAGACAAAGUGAAAAACGAAAAUGAAUAUUUGGAAACUGUCAUCCUCAAGAAUUCUGAAAGGAUUGAUGAACUGACUGAGUCUAUCAGUUCCCUGCAGUCCCAGAAUACACAGCUGUCCAAUCAACUUGCAUCCAGUAAGGAAAUGAACAAUCAAAUUCGUCAUGAAAAAGAACAGGAGCAGCUCAAGUUAGUCAAAGACUUUGAGGAGAAACUCAAAACAGUUCAGAGAGGCAGCGAGGGUUCGAAGACCAUGAAGAAAGAGCUGCAAGAGCUACUCAAAGAAAAGCAUCAGGAGAUAAAUCAGCUACAACAAAACUGCAUCAAAUACCAGGAACUGAUUUUAGAUUUAGAGAGCUCUUUGAAGAGCUCACAAUCAACCUGUGAACACUUGGAGAAAGAACUGAAGAAAAACUCAGAGAAGAUGGCAGAUUUGGAGAAGAGAAGUAAACAAGCUGAAGCUGAGGUAAUUAUGCACAAGCGUGAGCUCCAGGAAGCCAAAGAAAAGAUCGAGAGUGCCGAGUCUGAAAGAGACCAGCUGGCUCUUGAAGUAUCACAGCAAAAUAAACAGUCUGAGAAUCAGAAAUCACAGCAGUCACCUCAAAAUAUAGAAGAAGCAAAAAUAAACUCUUACAUGGAGAAUCACUUUAUGUUGCAGCAACAGAUCGAGGAUCUCACGGGCUUAAAAGAGAAAGAAAGUCAAAAAGUUGAUGAGCUGAGGCAGCAGCUAGACUCUCAAGAUCUGCAGAUAAAUACUCUAAAGAGAUUGAAUGAGACUUAUGAAGCAAAGCUGUCUGCUUUAGCUUUUACGCCACAAGGGGCUGAUGCUACCAAACGUUGGAAUGACUUGUACCAAAAAACCUUACACGAGAAGGACAAUCAACUUAUCGAGCAAGGUUUCAUCAUCAAAAGAUUUCUGGAAGAUAUGAGGAUGAAAGAUAAAGAGGUGAAUGAGCUACGGGUGACCAAGUCAAGACUGGAAAGGAUGCUGAAUGAAUACUCUGUAGCUGCCGCUGCACAUCAGAGGCAGCUGUUUGUUGUGAGUGCGAGCAAUGCUGAACUGAGUGAGACGGCAGAGCUUUUGACAAUGCAGGUGAAGGAGCUCAGUGCUCAGGUGGAAAGAACAGAACAGGAAAAAAACACAGUGAAGCGACAGCUUGCUGACAAAGAAGACAUGAAUUCCCAAAUGCAGCUCAGUCUACAACAAACGGAAAAGAUAAAUGCUGACAUGGAAUCUCAGCUGUUCCUUUUACAGUCUCAAAAUGACAAAAUUCAAGCUGACUUUCAGAAGCAGGAGGGAAUUUCUCUGCAACUCAAAACACUCCUUCAGAGCAAAGAUGCCGAGAUCUCCUCUCUGUUGUCCUGUAAGGAUGGUCAAAUGUCAGGAUACCUGGAGCAGCUGCAUGCUAAUUAUCGUAACCAGGUGUUAGUUUAUGAGGACAGGCUGACAUCUUUACGAUACCAAAAGGAAAAGGCUGACAAAGAGUUGAGAGUGCUCGAGGCCAAGACUAGAAGUCAGCAAAUGAAAGUAAAUAGAUCUGUCCAAGAAAAGGAACAGAUGGAAGCAAAAAUGGAAUCAUUCAAGAACUCUAUGGUGUCUUUGCAGAGUGAACGGGAGCGGCUGAUGUCAGAAUACAGGAUACUUGAAGCAAAGAGUCAGUUAGGGUUAAAGGGUAAAGAGGGCUCUCCUGAUGGGGAAGGUGGUGCAGCCAAAGGCCUUAAACAUGAAAUUAGAAAACUGUUACAUCAGAUGGACGAUCUUAAUUCCGAGAAUGCUAUGCUCAGGGCUCAACUGGUCCGAUACAGGGAGGAUUUAAAUCAAGUUUUGUCUCUCAAGGAUAACCAGUUGAAGGUGUUGCUAAAGAAGCAACAGGAAGUGAUCAAAGACCUCGAAACCCAAAAGGCUGCGGCUGAAAAGCACCAAAGAGAGUCUCGAUUGGAACUCCAAAAAGAAGAAGAGGCAAGCUGUGUAUUAAAGGCUGAGAAUUCUAAACUUAAAGCUCACGUGUCCAAACUGGAAGCUGAACUGUUAACUGAGAGAAAGGAAAGAGCAUCAACAAAUUGGGGCAAAGUGAUUGCUGACCUGCAGGAAGCGGUUGCGACCAAAGCAUCUGAAUGUAAUGACCUUCAGCAAAAACUUCUUUCUCAGAAGCUCUCAACUGAUGAGCUCAAGGACAAAAUGCAGCAGUUGGAAAAUGAAACAGACAAAAAACUAGCCGAAGCUGAGGACAAGUACAAUGGUGAGCUGGACGCCUUUGAGCGUGAAGUGGAACUGAUGAGAACUGAGCGAGAAAUUGCUGAUCAGAGGCUGGCAGAGCUUGCUAAAGACCUACUUGAAACAGAGCAGCAGUUAUCAGAAGCUAAAUCACAAAGCAAAGAUGCGAAGGCUCAGAAUGAAUCCCUGUGUAAGGCAAUGGCUGCUUUGCAGAAUGACCGAGACCAGCUCAUUGAGGACUUCAAGGUCCUUAGGCAGAACUAUGAUGAAGAACUCAGAGGGACUCAGGCAGCCUUAAACAAGUUUGAGCGCAGUCUGCAGGAUGCUACCUCAGACAUGGCCAUGCUUGCCAAAGAGAGGGACAUCCUUAUUCAUAAAUUAAAAGCCUUUGAGAGUAAAGAUGUACACGCAGAGCUCAAUAAGUUGUUGGACGAGCUGUCGAAGGCCUUGUCAGAAAAGGAAAGAGAACUAAAAAAGGUUGUUUUGGAAAAUAACAAUUACAGCAGGCAGCUGUCUGCAUUUUCUGGAUCCAUGGCCAGCCUCCAAAACGAUCGUGAGCGACUGAUGGAUGAAUUGGCUGGUGCCAAAAGAGUGGUUGAGUCCAGGCAAGGGUCAAGCCCAGAGACUGUCUCAAGUGUGGAAAAGUCAAAGGGAAGUGGUGUCAGUGCCUUGGAGACUGAGUCAGAUGGGCUGGCGAUGAAGCAGGAAAUGAAAGAACUGCAACAAACGGUACACAAAGAAACCAGAAGCCACCAGGAAGGAACUGCACAUCAGAGGUCUGAUGCUGAGAAGAAAGACCUGCCAGUCAAACAGGAAAUGGUUGCCUUGGUGGGUCCAAGCAGUCUGGAAGAGGUGGUGAGUCAGCUGGAUGCAGAGAGGAGGCAGCUUCACAGAGAUUUGCAGCACUGCAUGUAUGAGAUUCAGCACCGAGACCAGUACUUCCAGCAGCUCAACACCAAGUUGCAGGAGGCAAUGGAGGAGAAAAGUGCUGUUACAGCUCAGCUAAGGACUGUUUCCCAAACUCUGAGGGACACCCAGAAUCGCUGCCAUUGGCUGGAAAGCUUAGGCCAGGCACAGGGCUUACUUCAUACUGAAGUCGCACCAGGGGCCCCGCAGGAGAAGAGGAACGACUCCAUGUUAAGUGAAAGUGCUGAAGCCAGUCAGCUCAGAGAAAGGCUGCUGGAGGUGGAGCUGAGUCUGGCAGAUGAGAGAACAAGGAGAGAGACAGUUGAGGAGGCGCUGCGUCUUGCUGAGGACAGAGCAAAGAGUGCUGGCUCGAAUCUGUCCAGGCAUGGUCACAGGGACUUCAGCAUUGAGAUGGAAGCUGAGGAGGAGUGGGAAGCUCUAAGUCUCAACCCAGAUCAACCUCUCAUAACACGAAAGGUGAAAGGUGGGAUGGUGGCGUGUCGACGGUGGCUCAGAGGCAGGAGCCUUUACUUCUCCAGGCUGCUGACAAGUCGCACUCGUUCUCGAUAUUUCUUUCUGGCUUACCUGCUCACCAUACACGUGCUCGUUCUCAUGUGCCUCACUGGUACCCUGUAGCAAAGUCAUCCUUGGCUGAAGGUUAAAUAUGAAAGCUAAAAGAUCAGGGUCUUUGUUUGUCAGCUAAUAAAAAAUAAAUUAUUAAACUAAUAAAUUACUGUAUCCAAGCAUAAAUGGUAAAAUACUAAAGCUGACACAUUUGUGAGCUUGACAUUCUCUGUUAAAUGCAGUGUAUUUGUUUUAUUUAGUUUUUGAAUUCUUCUAUGAAAAUUUCUUUUCACCUGUUUUGUUCAAGUUUUAUUGUGUUUGGAAGUAAACCAAGCCUUAAAGCUGUUUGUGUCAAAGGAAGUGAGCAGAGUCGAGUCCUGGGUUGGUUGGACUUGCUUGCCUCCAGUUUUUUGUUUUAAGUCCUACACUGGAGAGGAGACCAGAAAAGAAAGCAUCAGUGUUUGAUGUAACCCUCAUGUAAAAGCUGCACGAGGUGUAGAAAGCCAUAUGCACCCUUAGUUAACACUACUCUGAUGUUUUAAAUCUCUUCUGCACACCAGCUGAUGCUUUUCUUGUUUGCCUGAGUUCAUGUGUUGCACAUGAUCACAUAAUCAAAAUGCUGAGUUUAAAACUAUGCACUGAAACUCCAAAUGUGUGUAAUCAUUGCGUGGAAGCGCAGAAGCACUACACCUCUCCCACUCAGUUCCCUUUAAACUGUAAAGCCAAAUGUGUCUGUAUUCUUACUUUGGCGAGCACCCUCAUGCCUGUUAAAGCUGGUGGGAGACAUUAUAUGCUCAAGUUAACUCUAGUAUCUUGGUGUGCCAUUGGAAAUGUACUGAAGAAAAGCAGAUGUUAAUUGUUUGUAUUUAAGUUUAUUCCUGUAUUUAUGUCUACAUCCACAGAAUGCACGCUGUACAGUAGGUCUUAUUUAUGUACAUAUGAUUUCUAUCCUGUCUGCCUGUGACUGUACAUUUCUUCUGGAUUGUUUAGAGUAAUAUGGUUAAUAAGAAAAUGGAUUUUUUCAUAAAAAUAAGCUCAACUAACCAGCCAGAAAUCCUUUUCUUUUACAAACGGUGCAAAUGAUGCAUAAAACCAAACAAAAAUAAAAGUAAAUGAGGGGCAGAAUAUGCUUUCUGGCUUGUUAAUUGAUACAUUUUUGUUGAAAGAUACCUGCUUAUGGAUAUGUUUGUGUUGUAAUUAUCUGUAUAUAAAGGGUUUGAUCGAUGGACAACGACCUAAAUCUAUUUAUAAAAAGGUUAAAUACUGAAAAAUGUUCAGAUGGCAUAUUUUCUCUUCUGCCUCUAUUUUUAAAAGUUAGUGAAGCAGUUGGCCUUUUGAUCACGAUGCUUAACUUCAUGCAAUACUGUGUCGGGGAAGAACUUUUUCUAAUCACCUUUCACCAUCUGCAACAGAAUUUAAUAAAGCUCAUUGAAGUUUUCUGCCCACAUGAUGUGCAUUUUACUAACUCUGUGGUGAUAUCAGUUAACUAUUGAUUACAACAAGGCCAUGUAUUAGAAUGCAUCGAUGGAGUAAUAA